GAUUCUAAUUUACGCUGAUAUGUCGCAAAUUUUAAUCUUAAGAAAUGGCAGCGUGGAUGCUUUAUUUUGAGUUGCAUUUCUACAGUAUGGUUUUUCUUUAAAGUGUGUACAUUUGUUUAUAAUCUCAUAUAUAACGAUAUCUUUCAUUUAGUCAAAAAUAAAACUAUAACUUACUACUGUAAUAAUGUCACGGCCAAAAGCUUCAAGUGACCCUGAACUCGUCACUGAUCGUUCUAGCCCUCCAGUCGCAGCUACUAAUUUUCAUGAUCGCAUUCACUGUUCUUUUACUGAGGAGGACUAUCUACGAAGAACCACGUAUGGCAGCAUACAAGAUGCUCGGAGGUCUUCUUGCUGCGUGGCAGGAGAACACUUUAUGACAUCUGUCAGUGAAGACUUUAUCAGACGUAGUCUCAGUAUGGAUAGCAUGGUGCACGUAGACAUAUCUGAUAUUAAUGGCGAAGGGGAAGCACCAUACGUACCUCUUUCUCUGAGAAAAUGCCAAAGAACAAUAAUUGCGCCUUAUUCUUGUCUUUUGUCUUUCAUUGGAUGGCGGCCCUGGUUUAAGGAAUCCUUAAGUCGACGGUCCAAGUUUUGGUGGUAUUUCAACAUAUUUUAUCCUGCUGUCGUCAUAGUUUUCAUAGUCAGCCACUACGUACUGCAAGUAUUAAAUUGUCAAGGGAAAUUUAACAUCCAUGUGGACGUGGAGCCAUCUCCACCCGUGCCUACACCUCAAGAGGUAAAUAUGCAGGGAAAUUGUACCUGGGGCUUAGUAACAUUUUCCUGCCGUGCGAAAUACAUAGUUGCUUCCAUGGAUCAAAGUUAUAGACCGCAAGACUCUGUUGACUGCCAACAUAUCGUUCCAACGUACAUAGUGCCCAGUUUUGUUCAUUUUUUGGCUUUCGCGUAUGGCUUCUACCAUUUUCGGUUGGUAGAGUGUGAACAACUGUACUCCUUGAUGGAAAGGGUGUUUCUACAAUCUCAUUCUACCCACGGGUUACAGAAUACGUUGGUAAGGAAUUCAAGGUUAUUUUUCGCUGCAGCUAUAUUGUGGCUUUUGUGUCAGAUUGGCCUUGAGGUGCUUUAUAAUUUUACUUUUCCCCAAAGGAGACUUGAAUUUUUAGGUCUAACUUACAAAUACGUAUUUCUGGGCAUUAAGUUCGCUGGUAGCAUCUUGGUUCAAGGAGUCAAUGUCGCUGUAUCCAUUAAUUAUUGCGUGCAGUGUGAAACUUUAAUUCUUUACAUCAAAGGCAUUUGCUUAAGGCUACAUGAAAAAUCUAUGGAACUGAAGUCAGCUAUGCAUGACAUAUUAGGUGUAAGGGAAUAUAUAAGCCUCUUAAACGGCAAUGUGGCUAAAAUGAUGGGUCUCUGUAUUGUGAAUUUCACAGAACUCACGAUAUUAGGUACAGCAUUGCUAUUUUUGAAUAAAAUACCUACAGCUAUUGUUAUCAGCUACAGAGUUUUAUUUCCAUCGCUUUGGUUCAUAGCUCUCAUAGUUCCUCUUAUACAGGCUGCAAGACUUACGCGGAUUGGAAGCAAAUUACGUCAAAUAUCUUUCGAAAUGAGAGUAUUUGGUUACCAAGCUUGUUCUAUGUUAGAACUUGACUCAUUUGUACUGUUUGUAAAUGGCGCAACUCUCAGGUCCAAGCUCUUUGGAGUCACUAUCAGAUCAGCAACAGUUAUAAUGACAUUAGGACUAUCAGUAUUUGUGCUUCUCACUCUGAUGGUGGUAGAUCUUCUAACAGUUUCCGGAUACAAAAAGUUCUUUUGACUGCUCCAGCUCUGAAGAAAAGAUCUGGUAUAGAAGUAUGUAGAAAGAGAAGUUGUGAUAAACACAGUGAGACAAUUAAGUUAUCAAUAUGAAGAAAUUUAUUAUUUUGUCAAUACAUUAAUGUCAUAAUAAAUACAUAUAUUAAAUGAA